GAUUCCGAAGCUUGUGGAAUUGGCUGGAAGCCUUUCCGUGACUCAUGCUACAAAAUGAUAACUUCAGGGAAGACCUGGAGGCAGGGCUUUGAGCACUGUAAGUCAGCUGGCUCACAGCUUGUAAAGGUUACUGACAAAAAGGAGCUGACAUAUAUUUACUUCACAUUUGUAAAGCCUUUAAACUCUGGAAGUGCAUGGAUGGGACUCAGCCUGAAAAAUGGUUCUUUUUAUUGGACGGACGGUUCUAAGCCUGGAUACAAAAACUGGAAUUAUGGGGAGCCGAAUAAUUUCAACGGAAGAGAACAUUGCGUGGAGAUCUAUGUCAAUAAUGGAAAGUGGAACGAUAUCCCUUGUUUCGUUAAAAGACCGUUCGUAUGCGAAAGAGGUAAACUAUGUACUUUUUGUAAAAUACUGACCUUUUUGAAGUCGCACGGAAGACUGGGUCAGUUGGAGUCCAGUUGAACCAUGGGAAGAUUUUUGGGGGACAUGGCGCGUCUUUUAUUAGCUGCUAAAAGGUUGCUCAGGAAGCUGGGCCUAAAUUCGUCCCCUAAAACGGUCCCAUAGUGCAACGCGACACUAUGGGGACUCAGACUCAAGUGCGAUCUCAAAAUGACCAAUCCCAUAAUAACGGCAGAAAAUCCUAAAACUAGGUUUUUCAAAAUAGCCCUAGAUUGAGAGGGCCUAAUCUUUAAUGCUUGAGAUAACGGUGUAAAACAUUAGAUUCAAUCUGAAUCUGAUACCUUAGAUACCGAAUAUUCAGCGUUUCUUGGGGGGUGGGGUGGGGUUCGAAAAUUAGAGACGUCUGUUGUUUGUUAAGCUUAUACUUUAACGCAGGAUCAUUGGUUGACGAAUGAGUAAGGGGCGCGGUAUGGUUGCCAUGGUAAACAUGGUAAAGGUUCAUUUCUCAGUUCUUGGUUAACAGAACUCUUUCUUUUAAUUGAUUGAUUCGCAUUUUUUUCCCAAAGAUGCACAGCAUAUAAGUCAGUUAAUUAAGAUUACUCUUUCAUAGAGCAUUUCAGUCGAGUGCUUGAAAAUUACUAAAGAAAACGUAAUUUUUUCAGUAGGCCCAUGAGUUCAACAUAGUGGGCCACGCCUAAUACCCACCGUUGUUGCUGUCAAUUUCGAUGACUUCGAAAGCAUGCCAAUUUUUGUUGAAAAUCUUUAAAUAUACAGUUCCUCUUCAGAGUCAUCCGAGAAAUCACAUGUCAGCUUCCCUUGGAAACGUGAACCAUGCUUUGGCCAACUGCUCAUUAGAGGAGCAUUAUGUUGCAGACAUCACCGACUGCUUUCAAAGGUGUUUGGCUAUUACACGAUGCCUCUCGUUCAAUAUUGAGAACUCUGGAAAACACCUGAAGAAAUGUGAGCUCAACAACUCAACCAGGGCAUGGGCACGAGAAAAAUUUGUGAAGAGGCUAGGUUACAUAUACUACGAUUAA